CCCGAGGCCCCAGUCACUGAGCGCCUGCCGGGGAGCUGGGUGCCACCUCGCUGUCGAAGUCUCUGCACCCUGCCUGCUCUGCUUGCUCCCCUUGCUCGCUUGCUUCCCCUUGUCCAGGGGGAAAGGUCAACUGCGUCCUGGAGCCUCCGUGCCACUCUCCAACAGCUAUGAACUGCAGCGAGAGCCAACGGCUGCAAACCCUCUUGAACCGCUUGCUGCUGGAGCUGCACCAUCGUGGCAACGCCAGCGGCCUGGGCAUUGGAACCGGCCCGAGCAUGGGCAUGGGGGUCGUCCCUGACCCUUUCGUGGGCCGCGAGGCGACCAGCGCCAAGGGUAACGAUGCUUAUCUCUACAUCCUACUCAUCAUGAUCUUCUAUGCCUGCCUAGCCGGAGGCCUCAUCCUGGCCUACACCCGCUCCCGCAAGCUCGUCGAGGCCAAGGAUGAGCCACCCCUGGCCUGUGUUGCUGAGCAGGAAUGGGUCCCCGCUGUCAUCGCAUCUGCCGACCCGGAGAAUGGCCAGGGCUUGCUGGCUGAGGGCGGCCACCACCUCACAGCAGGGGCGCUGCCUGCGCUGGCUCAGGGCGCUGAGCGGGUCUAGAUCCGCUGUCCUCCUCAUUUUGCUUAUCCCUGGGCCUGGCUCCCGCGCUUUUACUGCCGUUCCAGAGCUCGCUUUACCCGAGGCCCAGAUGAUGAGAGGUCAGAACCCUUCAAGGCAAGGCCCUGGAAGAAGAAGCAGCGCCUUACUCACACCCAAACCACCUUCUCUCUCCCCUCCCUUCCAUGCCGGCAGGCACCCCUACCCCGCACAUCCAACUGAAUUAAAUUGCCUCUGCUCUCUUGUCUUCAGCCAGCCCCAACACCAUGCUCUAGCCUUCUGGGAACAGAAUCCAGCACGUCCAACACUUGGCAUUGAAUCGAAGCAACGGAGUCUAGCAGAACUCUGGGGCCGUUUAACUGGCAGCUGCUCCAGGGGCUGCCAAGGACUGCUCAGUCUGCACAGCUAAUGGGGUUAGCCAUCACUGCCAGGCCCGCUGCAGCAGCUCGGGCUUUCUGUUGCCUUGGGGACAGAGACAAAGAGCACGAAGAGACCUCAGACAUCUUUUCCUUCAGCAGGCUAUUAGGGAGACACUAUUGUGGGGUAGAAUGGACUGAAGGGGAGGGAAGGUUCAAUGGGAAAGGAAGAUCUAUGGUCCCAGGAGUAUGGUGUUCUUGUUUUCCUGUCCCCCUAAUUGUCAUCCCAAAGGUCUGAGUAUUAGUGUUUUGGACAUCUGGCUUGGAUAAUCAUUACUAGUUGCUUAGCCUUAAUGAUCCCAAAUGCAUCUCUUAUAUUGGUUCAGUUAUUACUGCAAUGUAUGUAUGCUUCAUUCAGGCUCAGUCAUCCCCAGCUCUGUAACCCUGGGGAAUCUUACAGGCAGGUAAUAAAGUCUGUUAAACAGUAA